UACACAUCAGUGUAAGCGCCCGGGUGUCACGUGACGUGACGUUCGGCCAACAUGGCGACGCAGUGCUGAGAUAGCAGCAGCGUCCAACCAGUCCGAGUCUGAUCUACCGAUACCGUUAGCCCGCUCCUGGCUGGCACCCUCACCCACCUGCCGAACCGCAGGGAACGGGCCAGCGAUGACGGCCUGAGGGUCUCGUUUAACGCAUCGACCGAGAGAUGAAAGAACAAGAACAGCUGGAAAUCCAUCGACGGCAUACGCAGACAGAAACGCUGAGCACCAAAAGCAUGUUUCUGUCUCGGGCGCUGGAGAAAAUCCUGUCGGAUAAGGAGGUGAAGCGGAGCCAGCACAACCAGCUACGCAAGGCUUGUCAGGUGGCACUGGAUGAAAUCAAGCUUGAACUGGAAAAGCAGAAGGAUGGCACUGUUGUUCCACCCAGAGCAAACUACAUUGAAGCAGACAAGUACGUCCUGCCAUUUGAGCUGGCAUGUCAGUCGAAGUCUCCGCGCAUUGUCAGCACCUCUCUUGACUGCCUACAGAAGCUCAUUGCGUACGGCCACAUCACAGGAAACGCCCCUGACAGUGGUGCUCCAGGAAAGCGUCUGAUUGAUCGGCUGCUGGAGACCAUCUGUAACUGCUUUCAGGGUCCACAGACUGAUGAGGGGGUCCAACUACAGAUCAUAAAGGCUCUUCUGACAGCUGUGACAUCACCGCAUAUAGAGAUCCACGAGGGGACGAUUCUCCUCACCGUGCGGACCUGCUACAACAUCUACCUGGCCAGCCGAAACUUGAUCAACCAGACAACUGCCAAGGCCACUCUUACACAGAUGCUUAAUGUCAUCUUCACACGUAUGGAGAACCAGGCGGCUCUGGAGGCUCAGGAAGCAGAGAAAGACAGACAACGUCUGCAGCUGUGCAAUCCUUCUCCGGUCUCCAGCAAUCCUUCACCUGUGACCCAGAACCCUUCCCCGAUUGCCGGCCAAAGGUCCGGUUCUCCGUGGCUUGGGCGAGACACCUCAGAACAGAACGGUUCUCCGUCUUUCCCCCUCAGCCCCGCUGGUGUCUCCUCCAGCCCCUCCCCUCCUCAAGACUCAUCAACCAUCAAUGGCCAGACAGAGGAGUCGAAAUCAGAAGAGGAGUUUACCACAAAUGAAGAGAGCACAGAGGAACUUCAGCAUCCAGACACAGACACUAAAGAGUCAGGCCAAACAGAUGCUGGGUCUUUAGCAACAAAGGAGGCAGACGAGGCACAUCUACAGCCUGAAGCUGAAGCAGCCACUGAGGUUCUGGAGGAGGUCGAGCCGGACAGCGGUCUGGGAGAUAGCUCUGUUGAAGGAGGCUUAGAUCAACACUCUGAUUCGGAAACCAAAAUGCCGCCCCCUGCUGUGCAUGUAGACUCGCAACAGAUGAACGGAACGGUGGACGAUCGUGCCUCAGAGUCCUCGACAGACAUUCUGGAUGCAGAAACCCUCCAGGGCGGCCAGACAGCUACCCGUUUCUCUCACAUCCUACAGAAAGACGCCUUUCUUGUGUUUCGUUCCCUUUGCAAGCUUUCCAUGAAGCCUUUGGCUGAUGGACCACCAGAUCCAAAGUCCCAUGAGCUUCGUUCUAAGGUGGUUUCUCUGCAGCUCUUGCUGUCUGUGCUCCAGGGUGCCGGUCCUGUUUUCCGAACCCAUGAGAUGUUUGUGAACGCUAUCAAGCAGUACCUGUGUGUGGCGCUCUCGAAAAACGGGGUCUCCUCUGUGCCUGAAGUGUUUGAACUUUCUCUCGCCAUAUUCCUGACAUUGCUCUCCCAUUUCAAAGUGCACCUUAAGAUGCAGAUUGAGGUGUUCUUCAGGGAGAUCUUUCUGACCAUCCUGGAGACAUCAUCCAGCUCCUUUGAACACAAGUGGAUGGUCAUCCAGACGCUGACUCGUAUCUGUGCAGAUGCUCAGUGUGUAGUGGACAUUUAUGUGAACUAUGAUUGCGAUCUCAACGCCGCCAACAUUUUUGAGCGUCUGGUUAAUGAUCUGUCUAAAAUCGCCCAGGGACGGAGUGGACAGGAGCUCGGAAUGACUCCGUUACAGGAGUUGAGCUUAAGAAAAAAGGGACUGGAGUGUCUGGUGUCUAUUUUGAAGUGCAUGGUGGAAUGGAGCAAAGAUCUGUAUGUUAACCCAAAUCUGCAGGCCAAUCUUGGUCAGGAACGUCCAGCAGAGGGUGACAGUGCAGAUGUGAAGCUCGCCGAGCAUCCGUCCUCUCGCAGAGACAGCGUGAGCUCUCUGGACUCCACUGUAUCUUCUGGUGUUCAUCCAGAUCAGUAUGAGGUCAUCAAACACCAGAAAGAGAUUAUCGAGCAUGGUAUUGAUCUGUUUAACAAGAAACCAAAAAGGGGACUGCAAUACCUGCAAGAGCAAGGCAUGCUGGGAACAUCACAGGAGGAAAUAGCCCAGUUCUUACACCAAGAGGAACGACUGGACACAACACAGGUUGGAGAGUUUUUGGGGGAGAAUGUGAAGUUUAAUAAGGAGGUGAUGUACUGCUAUGUGGACCAGCUGGACUUUUGCGGCACAGACUUUGUAUCAGCGCUCCGUGUCUUCCUGGAAGGAUUUAGGCUUCCGGGUGAAGCCCAGAAAAUCGACAGGCUCAUGGAGAAGUUUGCCGCUCGCUACUUGGAAUGCAAUCAGGGGCAGACUCUGUUCGCCAGCGCAGAUACAGCUUAUGUUCUGGCAUACUCCAUCAUCAUGUUAACCACAGACCUGCACAGCCCACAGGUGAAGAACAAGAUGACAAAGGAACAGUACAUUAAAAUGAAUCGCGGCAUUAAUGACAGCAAGGACCUGCCUGAAGAAUAUCUGUCAUCUAUCUACGACGAGAUCGCAGGCAAGAAGAUCGCCAUGAAAGAGAGUAAAGAAUACUCCAUCACCCCCAAGUCCAGCAAACAGAAUGUAGCCAGUGAGAAGCAGAGGAGGUUGCUGUAUAACAUGGAGAUGGAGCAGAUGGCCAAAACGGCAAAAGCUCUGAUGGAGGCUGUAAGCCACGCCCAGGCGCCCUUCUUCAGCGCCACUCACCUGGAGCAUGUCCGCCCCAUGUUCAAGUUGGCCUGGACGCCUCUGUUGGCAGCAUUUAGCGUAGGACUUCAGGACUGCGAUGAUCAGGAAGUGGCGUCUCUAUGUCUGGAGGGGAUCCGCUGCGCUAUCAGAAUCGCCUGUAUUUUCAGCAUGCAGCUGGAGAGGGAUGCCUACAUCCAGGCCCUGGCCAGGUUUACGCUGCUCACCGCAAGCUCCAGCAUCACAGAAAUGAAGCAGAAGAACAUUGACACCAUUAAGACUCUCAUUAUGGUUGCCCACACUGAUGGGAACUACCUGGGCAACUCCUGGCAUGAGAUUCUGAGGUGUAUCAGUCAGCUGGAAUUGGCCCAGUUGAUCGGAACAGGAGUGAAGACGCGCUACAUUUCCGGCGUGGUUCGAGACCAGGGAGGCAGUAUAAAGGGCUUCCCGACAGGGGGAGAGGAAUUCAUGCCUCUAGGCUUAGGUACUCUAGUUGGAGGUCCAGACAAGCGUCAGAUGGCUCACAUCCAGGAGUCGGUGGGGGAGACCAGCUCACAGAGUGUAGUGGUGGCUGUGGACAGGAUCUUCACUGGAUCCACUAGACUUGAUGGAAAUGCAAUUGUGGACUUUGUGCGUUGGUUGUGUGCGGUGUCAAUGGACGAACUGGCCUCGGCGCACCAGCCUCGCAUGUUCAGUCUGCAGAAGAUAGUGGAGAUCUCCUACUACAACAUGAACCGUAUUCGCUUGCAAUGGUCACGCAUCUGGCAGGUCAUCGGAGAUCAUUUCAACAAGGUGGGUUGCAAUCCCAACGAGGAUGUGGCCAUCUUUGCUGUGGACUCCCUGAGACAACUUUCAAUGAAGUUCCUGGAGAAAGGAGAACUGGCCAACUUCCGGUUCCAAAAGGACUUUUUAAGGCCAUUUGAACACAUUGUGAAGAAGAACAGGUCUCCUACUAUCCGGGACAUGGUGAUACGUUGUGUUGCCCAAAUGGUGAACUCUCAGGCUGCUAAUAUUCGUUCAGGCUGGAAAAACAUCUUCUCUGUGUUCCACCAUGCGGCAUCAGACCAUGACGAAAACAUCGUCGACCUUGCGUUUCAGACCACAGGGCACAUUGUCAUGAACACAUUUCAGCAGCACUUUGCGGCAGCCAUCGACUCUUUCCAGGACGCUGUGAAAUGUUUAUCAGAGUUUGUUUGCAACGCUGCGUUUCCCGACACCAGUAUGGAAGCCAUUCGGCUAAUCCGCCACUGUGCUAAAUACGUCUCUGAACGGCCGCAGGCGCUAAGAGAGUACACCAGCGAUGACAUGAACGUCGCCCCCGGUGACCGCGUCUGGGUGCGAGGCUGGUUCCCCAUCCUGUUCGAGCUGUCCUGCAUCAUCAACCGUUGUAAACUGGACGUCAGGACUAGAGGACUGACCGUCAUGUUUGAGAUCAUGAAAAGUUAUGGGCACACUUUCGAGAAGCACUGGUGGCACGACCUCUUCCGGAUCAUUUUCCGCAUCUUCGAUAAUAUGAAGCUUCCAGAGCAGCAAACUGAGAAAACCGAAUGGAUGACGACAACGUGUAACCACGCCCUGUACGCGAUCUGCGACGUGUUUACGCAGUUUUACGAGCCUCUUAGCGAAGUGCUCCUGGCAGAUAUUUUUGCACAGCUGCAGUGGUGUGUGAAACAAGAUAAUGAGCAGCUGGCGCGGUCGGGCACAAACUGUCUGGAGAACCUGGUGAUCCUGAACGGAGAGAAGUUUAGUCUGGAGGUGUGGGACGUCACGUGUGCCUGCAUGCUGGACAUCUUCCAGACCACCAGCCCUCAUGUCUUGUUGACAUGGCGACCAGCUGGACAGGAAGAGGAGGUGGGAGAAGGGAAACACAUGGAUGUUGAUGUGGAUACUCAGUCUCAGAGCAGCUUUGAAAGGACCCUGUCAGAGAGAGCCCACAGUCAGAUGUCCACUGCCAGCGAUGACACCUGGAAAGGAAAGUCCCACAUCAGGGUCUCGGACCACAGGCUGUUUGCAGGGCUGCUUAUAAAAUGCGUUGUACAGCUGGAGUUGAUUCAGACCAUAGACAACAUUGUAUUCUACCCAGCUACCAGCAAGAGGGAAGAUGCUGAGAACAUGGCUGCUGCUCAGCGAGAUGCGCUUGAGGAGGCAGACGAUGGAGAAGCGGAGCCGGAUCAGGGCAUGUACAGACACCUGUCGUCACAGCACCUCUUUAAACUACUUGACUGCCUCCUCGAGUCCCACAGGUUUGCCAAGGACUUUAACUCCAACAAUGAGCAGAGGACGACACUAUGGAGAGCAGGUUUUAAGGGGAAGUCAAAACCAAAUCUUUUGAAGCAAGAGACCAGCAGUCUGGCCUGUAGUCUGAGGAUCCUCUUUCGCAUGUACUCUGACACGCAGCUGCAGAGCUCCUGGCCAGACAUCCAGACACGUCUGCUGCAAGUGUGUAGUGAAGCUCUGGCUUACUUCAUCCGUCUUACCUCAGAGAGCCACCGGGAAGCCUGGACGAGUCUCCUGUUGCUGCUCCUCACCAGGACACUCAGACUGCCUGAUGAAAAAUUCAAGCCUCAUGCCUCCUGCUACUACCACCAUCUGUGCGAGAUGAUUCAGUUUGACCUCAUUCCAGAGCUCCGCGCAGCUCUGCGGCGAUUUUUCCUCCGUAUUGGUUCGGUCUUCCACAUCGCCGCUCCGCAGUUGGGCCAAGCGCAGCCUUUAUCAUCCUAAAUGACAUCAGAACUGGGAUCACAGCUAUGAACUGGGAAAUAAAAAGGCUGGAGAUGAGACCGAUGGAUGGUCAGAACAUAUAAGCACCUUCUCCUGUGGAUGUUAAAGUGUACAGGGAUGCUAAGCCUGAUGCAGAAAUGUGUGACUCAGACUCGUGCGUUUUCUUCUGCCAGUUUUGAUUCAUCGACCAACAGCCACUCCCCAAAAAGAAAGCAGCACUGUGACCCAGCAGGGCUUCUCGACGCUGACACCUCCACUGUGUCAUCCGUCUGUGUUAUUGAAGUCAUGAGUCAUAUUUGUUUAUUUUUAUUUAGGAUGGCUACAACAAUAAUUUAUUACCAGUACUGGUAUAUAGCUGGUUUCUGAUUGUCUGUUGAUUUCAAUUUGUUGGUUUUUGUCUUGUGUUCAAUUAUUUUGUUUGUUUUAAAGGCUAAGCAUAUAUACAUAUCUCAAAAGAAAUUAAUUCAUAAGAAUAAUUAUAUAAACCCUUAUUAUGUCUAACAGACAGACGGUUAAUGGUAUGACAGAUAAUGUGCAGUUUGCCUUUGCCAGCUGGCCGUGGCAUUUUUGUAAAUGAUUGAUUGGUCCUGAAAUGUGCAUUGUUUUUGUCCUUUACUAAAACUGUUAUAAAAUUAAACAUUCAUCUCCAAUAACAGUUUAAGGGCUAGUUUAUUGAACCCAGAUUCAGGCUAGCUUUAAAGUUUGUGGUAGCCCUACUCGAGUUUAAAGCUCAAAGAAUGUAAAACAUUUAUUGUUUAUUUUACAGGUGUCAAUGCGUACACUUGUUAUUGUUAAUUCAACUAAACAGACACUACCAUUUCCCAAAUACCACACAUCAGGCAGGUUCCAGCUACAUUUUCUAUAUAAGGGUUCUUUUAUUUUAGAUGUAUCUGUAUUUAUCAUUAAAACCAUAUAUCAAAUGAAUAUUUAAUUUAAGUGCACCAAUGUUUUAGUUUUUUUUGUGUCAGACUGAAUCUUUGCUAAAGUUUACAUCAUGGAUGCCAUUUACUGGUAUCAUUAUCAAAAAAGAAGCUAAUUCAAAUAUACUGUAUAAUCCAGGUAUACCUUUAUUACAUCACCAUGACAUGUCUAACUAGUAUAUUACAAAUUUAGAUUCAACUCCUCAUUCAUUUCCAUUAAGGAUGUAUUUCGUUCUUGAAGUGCAUUUAAGUAUUUUCUGAAAACCAUUCCUACCCUUGCAACUAUGGAUGUCUACUUGCCUCCCUUUGAGACUGGGAAAUAUAAAUAUAUACAGUAUACGAAAGAAACGUGUAAAGUUUUGAUGUAAAAUAUGCAGAAUAAUGUUCAACUCUAUACAUAUUGUGAUGUAAUCUUACAAGCAUUUGGUGAAGUCAUCAAUAAAGUUGAAUUUUCUCCGA